UAUAUUUUAAACAUUAUAAACAAAUCAAAAUGGAGUAGUAUAGCAAAACACGUGUGAUGCAUUUGCAGUAUGUAGUAUAACGUAUUUACUUUUCGUACAUUCAAAAAAAUUAUGAACUAUGUUGUAAAAUAUGUUUGAUAUUGAUAAUGAAAUUUUUUGUUAUAUAAUGCUAAAUUUCUUUAUUGAUAUAUAUAUAUCUUGAUAAAUACCAUUUUAUUAUUCAAGAAUUUGUAACUAUUGUGUAUUUUAGAGGUUAUGUGAUGUACUGUGCUAAAAUAUUGUUAUAGUAAAACCCUCUAUGGACGCAGUGAGAAUAUAACAAAAGUAUUAAUUGUCAAUUGAAUCAUAACAAUUAAGAAUGGCUUCUGAUAAAUCUGGAAAUACAAGUAAUUCACUUCCAUUAAAUGUUAAAAUAAAGGUAGAACCUGGAACAUCAAUGCCUGUACCUAUAAAAAAUAUUAAAACGGAACCUGGUUUAUCAAGUACAACUAGAUUAACUUCUUUUCGUUUACCAAGAGAUUUAACUUUGGGAGGUAAUAUUAAGACUGAAAAACCCAAGAAAGUAUAUACACCAAAUUUGAAUGUUCAGAGAACAAAGAAAAAGGAAGAUGCAGUACAAAACGAUGCUCCAAAAUCAAGUAGAGGUAGAGAUUAUAUUAAAGGACGAGGUAGAGGAAAUAUUGAUAGAGGAUCUGAUAGAGGACGUGGAAAAGGAAAUAAUUUAAUUCAAUCUAGUGGUAUCUGGUCUACUGGAAUAACAAGUACAGCAGGCAAACGUUAUAGUAGUGGAUCUAGAGAUAGUGAUAGAAGUUCUCAAGUAUAUCUUGAAAAACCAAAAUUAGAUUUGAAUCGUAGCUUUAAUAAAGCUGAGGAAGAAGAAAAGAUAAAGUUAUUACUGAGAGACGAUUUUAUUGAUGAUGGAGAGCCUAUAAACCUUAGUAAUGCUCCCGUUGUAUUACCAAUGAUAAAAGAAGUAAAAUCGUGUAAAGCAGAAAUAAAAAUUAAAAAAGAAGUAUUAGAAGAAGAAAUAGAUAGAAAACCGAUUAUUUUAGAAAAUGGAGAGGUAUUAUCACCAAAGAAAGAAUCAAAAUAUAAAAUACCCAAAUCUGAGAAAGAAAUAAAAGAUCAAUUUUUAGAUAGCAUUCCUAAAAUUAUUAAUAAUAAAAUACAUUCAUACAUCUUAAUGCAGUUUCCAGACUGUUUGCCAGGUUUAGUAAGCAGUGCAGAAGAUACUAAACCAAAUCGUUCAAAUUACGAAAAGGAGGAUGAAAAUAAAUCGGAAACGGAAUUUUGUACUUUAAAUAGUUUAAAACCUGGUAUUUUAGGUAAAUUACAAAUCUUAAAAUCGGGUAAAGCACGUUUAUUAUUGGGAGAAAAUAAUUUAAUCGUCGAUGUCGGAUCGCAUCUUAGUUUUCGACAAGAUCUCAUUGCAACAAAAGUGGAUACCGAAAAUUUAAACGGCGAUUUAAUUAAUUUAGGACCAGUAAAUAGUACGCUUAUAUGUUCUCCUGAUUGGGAAUCAAUGUUGGCCAAAUUAUAAAUACGUUUAUAAUAUGAACAGAUUUAUUAAAUGUUCUUUAUUAUGUAGAACACAUAAGAAUAUGUGAUGAUUAUUUAUAUAUUAUGUAAAAUACAAAAUACGCUUUUUUUUGAAAAUCAUGUAUUUUUUUGAUACUACAGCAUACGUGAAAGUCACAUCACGUAUAAAUCCAGUAGUAAUUUGUAGAUCUAAAUAAAUUUACAGCAAUGUAGAUUAAAGUUCAUUAUAUAAUUUAUGUGAAUGAAUAUCGCAACAAGAGGGUGUAGUGAUUUGUUACGAGAUACGUAUUUAUCUUUAAGCUGCAAUUCAUUCUUUUGAUAUAAUUAUAAGAUAAUUCAAUGAAAAAUUAUUUUUACACAAAUUAAAUUUACAAGUUACUUUUAUCAUGCUAUAAAAAAAUAUUAAUUAGUUAACUUAUAAACUAUAAAAGGAUACUAUACUUUUGCUCAUUGUAUCAACUUUGAAAAAUGUAAAAAUCAUACAAGUGGCACAAAAAAUUACUGUUCCUAUGGUAGCAACAUACACUACUUUUUUCUGUUAAUU